AUGACCGGCGUACAAAGACCCUUCUCUACCUACCGCCUGCUAUCAUUUGACAUCUACGGCACUCUGAUCGAUUGGGAAAAGGGCAUUUUACAAGCCCUCUCACCAAUCCGAGACCGUUUGCCAGACUCUUCUCCACUGAAAAGUACAGAAAAUGACCUCGCUCUUGGUAACGUCUUCACCAAACACGAAGCUAGACUUCAAACCGAGAAUCCAGGAGCGACAUACGACAAGAUCUUGCGCGACGCAUAUAUCGCAGUCGCAAAGGAAUUGUUGGGCAAUGGGCUGGGAGAUGAUCAAUUGCAAGCUGAAGGUGUAGCUUUCGCCGAUAGCAUCGCCGCCUGGCCUGCCUUCCCGGACACCGUCGACGCAAUGCGCAAACUCAAGCGGUUGGGUUUCAAACUCGUGCCUGUAUCGAACGUUGAUCACGGUUCCUUUGGCAAGACUCUUGCCGGCCCAUUGGGUGAUCUCAAAGAACCCUUGACUUCAGGAUCAGAACCGCUAGAUCCCUUUUUCGAUGCAGUGUAUACUGCGCAGGAUAUCGGGUCGUACAAACCUGACCUCAGAAACUUUGAGUAUUUGAUUAGUCAUGUCAAGGCUGAUUUUGGCGUGGAGAAACAUGAGAUUUUGCAUGUUGCUCAGAGCUUGAGGCAUGAUCAUGUGCCCAGUAAACAGAUUGGGUUGGAUAGUGUUUGGAUUGCAAGGGGAGAAGGUGGCGUGAGUGGAAUGGGAGGGGAUGUAAAGGAGUUGAUGGGCCAAGUGGCGUUUGCGUGGAAGUUUAAGAGUCUGGGUGAUUUUGCGGACGCUGUUGAAGCUGAAUUACAGAAAUAG